AUGGCUUCUCCCCGCCCCCCUCACAACUUCGCUCCGCAAGGCUAUCCCCUCCCCAACGGUGCUUCUGGUCCGGUUCCUGGAGCCGCCCCUCUACUCCCCAACAACGGACGAAUUAUCCAAAAUGGCCCAGUAAGAGUGCUGUGUAUUGCAGAUGUGCGAGGAAACCUGAAGUCUCUGAAUGAGCUGGCCAGGCAGGCUCGCGCAGAUUACAUUAUCCACACCGGUGACUUCGGCUUUUACGAUGACACUUCGCUGGACCGCAUUGCAGACAAGACUCUCAAGCAUGUUGCUCAGUACUCUCCUUUGCUGCCAGAGGGCGUGAAACGCGCGAUCGCUCAGACACCUCCCCAGCAGUCAAUUAAAUCGCGGUUUACACCAGACCAGCUACCCCUUUCAGAGCUCUCCAUGCUGCUGGACAAGCGGCUGACCCUCGACGUUCCCGUAUACACUGUCUGGGGUGCUUGCGAGGAUGUAAGGGUACUGGAGAAGUUCCGUUCCGGUGAAUACAAGGUUGAUAAGCUACACAUCAUCGAUGAGGCCAACUCACGGUUGCUGGACAUUGGCGGAGUUAAGCUCCGUCUGCUCGGACUGGGUGGUGCGGUGGUGAUGCACAAGCUGUUUGACAAUGGAGAGGGCAAGACAACUAUUGCGGGCGGCCAGGGAACGAUGUGGACAACCCUGCUCCAGAUGGGUGAGCUGAUCGACACUGCUAAUCGUGUUUACGACCCGUCGGAGACUCGUCUCUUUGUUACUCACGCCUCACCCGCUCGCGAGGGCAUGUUGAACCAGCUUUCCGUGACCCUCAAGGCCGAUUUCUCCAUCUCAGCCGGACUUCACUUCCGUUACGGCUCGUCCUACAAUGAGUUCUCUGUUAACCCCUCGCUCGACCACUACCGGGGCAAGCUGGCCGCCUCCAAGGCCUCUUUCAAUGAUGUGUGGGAAACCGUCCGAGGUGAGGUCGAGUCCGCCAUUUCUCAGAACGACGCUCAGAAGACUCUCUUGGAAAACGCACUCAAUGUUGUUGACAAGAUGCCAUCCGUGGCCAGUGGUGGGAACCCCUUCGGUGGGCCUACCAACCCUGGCACUGGCCAGGUAGACGAGAGUGCUUUCAAGAACAUGUGGAAUUUCAACCUGGCGGAUGCUGCUUUCGGAUUCUUGGUUCUCGAGGUUGAGUCUGGACGUAUUGGCACGGAAAUGCGCGCUCAGGGAUUUAACUUUGCUCACCGGACCGGCAAGCCUCCAGUCUCUGGAGCUCCUCAGCCUGCUCAGAUGGCGAGCGCUCCCGUCAACGUUCCCUCGCCCGUCAAUGCCGCCCGACCCAACGUUGCCACUCCUCAGUUUGGUCAAGCUCAGGCUAUCCCCACCCGAGCAGCGCCUGCUCAGCAGCCCGCACCGGGCAAAGGUCCCGCCGCUGCCGCCCGCACUUCUCCUGCUCCCGUCAUCCCCAAAUCCGUGACACCACAGCCCUCGACAACCCCAGCCGUCUCUCAGUCCGUUGAAUCAACCGAAUCUUCUGCUACUCUUGAGGCCAACGGCUCCACACAUGGCGACAAGCAAGGGGAGUCUCCGGCUCCUAAGCCAGAGCGGAAACAGAGCAACGCCCUUUUCAUUUCUAACGUCGAUAGUGAGCAAGCCGCACGUGAUCUCUUCGGUGAGGAGGAUAAGGCUAAGCUGGUGAAGGUGGAGAAAUGGGGCAAGUUUAACCACGUUGCCACGUUUGGAAGCGUUGAGGAUGCCAAAGCAGCCCUCGAUCACCUUCCCAUCGAAAACAAGAAAUCUAGCCCUCCUGGUCAACGCAAGCCCAACGUCAAGUUCUUCGAGGACCGUGGCGGUCACCGGGGGAACGCCGGCACAUGGCAGAGCAGCAGCCGAGGAGGCAGCACCACAUCACAACGCGGGGGGUACCAGAGUGGCGGUGCUAGCGAUAGCGAGACUGGACGUGGACGAGGAUUCGGCGGGCGAGGGGGCGGCCGUGGCCGCGGUGAUCGUGGACGCGGAGGACGAGGUGGUCGCGGCGGAUUCAGCAAGGGUCCCUCGGAUUCAUCCGCCCCAUCAACGUCCACACCGAUCGGUGACAAGCCAGCCGCGUCUGGCGACGCCUAA